AUGGCCGUCAGUCAUUCCCCGCCGGCCUCCCUGAAACCCCAUCUGAAGCUGUCGCCGAUCCCCGCCGUUGUCCGCGGAAACCCUAGCAAAGCGCUUCCUUAUCCGUUCCGGCCGGCCUUAUCUCCCCGCCUUGUUGUCCCGUGCUCCUCUGCAACCUCGUCGCCGUCGGUCGAUCCGGGGCCGGCGUCGUCUGUUGCUGCCGCCGUUUCUUCCUCCAAGCAUCGCCGCCACACGGACGAGAACAUCCGCGAGGAGGCCUGCCGGCAGCAGAACACCACCAGCCACAACCUCGGCCUCUCCGCCCGGUACAUCCCCUUCCCCCGUGGGUUUUCAAGCGAGAGCGAUGAGUACUACUCCCUGGAUGAGGUCGUCUACCGGAGCCGUUCUGGGGGGCUACUGGACGUGCAGCACGACAUGGCCGCCCUGAAGAAGUUUGACGGUGCCUACUGGAAGGCCCUCUUCGACUCUCGCGUCGGUCGGACCACCUGGCCCUACGGGUCCGGCGUCUGGUCCAAGAAGGAGUGGGUCCUCCCCGAGAUCGACCCAGAGCACAUUGUCUCCCUAUUCGAGGGAAACUCCAACCUCUUCUGGGCGGAGAGAUUCGGCAACGAGUACGUCAGCGGCAUGAACGACCUCUGGGUCAAGCAUUGCGGGAUCAGCCACACAGGCAGCUUCAAGGAUCUGGGCAUGACUGUCCUCGUCAGCCAGGUGAAUCGCCUGAUCCGAUUGGGCCGUCCAAUUGUCGGCGUUGGCUGUGCAUCCACAGGUGAUACGUCAGCUGCCCUAUCUGCAUACUGCGCCGCCGCCAGCAUCCCUGCUUUCGUGUUCCUUCCAGCGGAUCGCAUCUCCAUUGCUCAGCUCGUGCAGCCCAUUGCGAACGGAGCAUAUGUACUCAGUCUGGAUACGGAUUUCGACGGCUGCAUGCGUCUCAUCCGAGAAGUCACCUCUGAGCUCCCAAUCUACCUUGCCAACUCUCUCAACAGUCUGCGCCUCGAGGGCCAAAAGACGGCUGCCAUUGAGAUACUUCAGCAGUUCGACUGGGAGGUCCCAGACUGGCUCAUCGUCCCAGGGGGAAAUCUCGGCAAUAUUUACGCCUUUUACAAAGGGUUCGAGAUGUGCCGCGAGCUUGGACUUGUGGACCGCAUCCCUCGUCUUGUAUGUGCCCAGGCGGCCAACGCAAAUCCACUUUAUCUUCAUUACAAGGCGGGCUGGGCUGACUUCAAAGCGGUCAAUGCAAGCACAACCUUUGCUUCUGCAAUACAGAUCGGUGACCCUGUUUCCAUCGAUCGUGCCGUGUACGCACUUCAGAAUUCCAAUGGAAUAGUUGAGGAGGCAACUGAGGAGGAGUUGAUGGAUGCCAUGGCUAAGGCAGACCUUACAGGAAUGUUUGCGUGCCCUCACACUGGCGUUGCUUUGUCAGCUUUGAUCAAACUAAGGGAGAGGGGAAUUAUUGGGAAGACGGACAGGACUGUUGUUGUUAGUACAGCCCAUGGGCUUAAGUUUGCACAGUCCAAGGUUGCCUAUCAUUCCAAAGAGAUUGCAGACAUGACAUGCCGGUUUGCAAACCCACCUGUAAAAGUGAAGGCAGAUUAUGGUUCAGUUAUGGAUGUGUUGAAGAACGUCCUGAAGAAUAAGAUUUUACCCGUUAAGAACGUGGUUUAA